CAUGCUAGGGUGGCCCUGUGUGUCCCACUUUACAGAGGACAGCCCUCUACCUUGAAAGGCUGUCAGACAACUGUCGGAAAGAGCUGUCUGCUCAAAGUCAGCUGGAAGGAAAAAUAAUCCUAGGAAGGGAGAGCAAGAAUUUGCCCACCAAAGUUAGCAGCAACUGGACUGUAGACAGAACAGACCCACUAAUCACCGGGUGGUGAGAUACUUUGUAUUUAUAUUUAAACGACAGUAUUUCUUUUAAAAAUUGCAUUCCCUUUUACAUCUGCUUACAUUGAAUGGCAGCUCUUUGAAAUCCUGUUUUUGGUUUUCAACUACCUUGAACUACAGUGGUACCUCGGGUUAAGUACUUAAUUCGUUCCGGAGGUCCGUUCUUAACCUGAAACUGUUCUUAACCUGAAGCAUCACUUUCGCUAAUGGGGCCUCCCGCUGCCGCGAUUUCUGUUCUCAUCCUGAAGCAAAGAUCUUAACCCGAGGUACUAUUUCCGGGUUAGCGGAGUCUGUAACCUGAAGCGUAUGUAACCAGAGGUACCACUGAAUUUGGGAUCAUCAGCAAACUUGGCUCCUUCAUUGCUCACCCUUAACUCCAGGGGUUAUGUCAGAUCAAUUGUGAGCUGGGGGGUAUGCAAAGGGGCAGGCUGUGUGCACACUAUACUUUUAAAGCACAUUUGAAGCACAUUAUUUUACUCAUAUGGGCACUCUUAGUUUACCCCUCACAGAGUUACAGUUCCCAUCAAGGCUUAACAAACUACAGUUCCCAGAAUUCUUUAAGGGAAAGAAUGUGCUUCAAAUGUGCUUUACAAUUAUGGUGUGAAACAUGCUUAACCCAAUGUCAUGUAAGAAUAAAUGUUUGGGGGUUUUUAAGUCUUAUUUAUUAUUUAAAAAACCAGUCUUCAUCAUAGCUAUCUCCUUCUAAUCUAGAAAACUGCUGUUUUUCAGCUUGUGUUAUUAGUCCUGAAUAAAAUAUUUUUCUCUGGUUAUCUGCUGACAUCCUUUCAAGCAAGCACAGAGUUCCAGGUUCAUUUCUCUCUUUUCUCCACCAACGUUCUCUCAAAGUAGCCCUGCCAUUCAUUCUACCCCGUCAAUCAAGCACACAUGUCAAAUGCAGCCCUUUACAAAGGGGCUAAUUGAACAGCUUCUAUGUUUUUAGUUUUGUAUUAUGCAUGUAAUUACUAUAUUAGUAUCAGGCUGCCUGAUAAUGUUCUCUGAGUGAGACACAAACAGUAAAUAGUAAAAUUCAACUUCAUAAAAUAACUUUUAACCUAAACUUUUCCAGCAGAGAGAAUAAAACCAGGUAACUUUUUAAAAGGACACAGCACAUAAACAGGAAAACUAUCAUAUCGGAUUGUCUUACAUUAAUUGCAUUAUUUUACAAAAACACAAAUACGGGUUUUAUUAUACAGUCUCAGACCCAGUAUCUUAGCUCUUGUAGUUUCAUAUACAAGUUAGGCGUCAACCCUGGGCACACUGGCCGCAGAGGAAGCGCCAGAAAGCACCGUGGAGCUUGCUUCUCUUUGGGAGGCGUAUAUAAGAUUGCCACCCCCACCCCCUGCUUUCUAAUGUACUCCCUUCUCUUAAUGCCCUCCCAAAUACAGUAAUUACAUAGCUAAUGAUUUUUAAAAGCAGGGCUUUUUUUCAGCUGGAGCUCACCAGAGCUCAGCUCCAGCACCUCUCAGGUGGGGGCGAUUGCCAUUCUAACAGAACAAGGGAGAAGUUCGUGGUGAGCUCCAGUACUUCUUUUUCUAGAAAAAUAGCACUGGUUACAAGUAUAAGAGUCUCCCAAAUACUACUUUAUAGAGUCCUCAGUUUCAUUCAAAACUGAUGCAAUGGACAUGUCUAUUUCUAAGCUAAAGACAAAAAAUAUGUAUGAUUUCUUUGUUUACACCUUCUGGAUACCAUGCAGAAAGGCCUAAUGGCCUGCUAGACUCAUCUCCCGAGUAGCAAUUGCCCACUCUCAUUAUUUAGCUUUUCUAAUGCUCAAAUAGUAAAGUCACAACAUGUGCAUGUCUGCUGAGAUGUUAGUCCCACUGAGGUUGGACUAAACUCCCAGACAAGCAUGUGUCAGAUUGCAACUUCAGUACCUUAUGGUGGUAUUCCUCCCAAAAACUGCUUUUCUGAUGUCUGGAGCUCCUGUCCAUUAUUGCUUCGAGAGGUCUCCUUAUUUCCCCUACAUACCAGGGGUCACAUGAAAUAAACACCACAUGCUGAGUGGCAGGUGGAAAAUGCCAGGCAGUGGAGGCCUGGGCAGGUUCACGUAAAACUAAGCUCUUGUAUACUAAAUGGAGCUUACUCACUUGCAGAAGUGUUUCGGAUUGCAGCCUCAAUUUUUAUCCUGUGCUGGCUACAAGAUUAGUAAAUAUGUCGCUUUACAGGUUAAUUGACAGUAGUACACACAAUUCCAACAUGAGAAUUCGCCCUGGGGAGGAAUUACUCCAGUCAAUACUUCCACUUGCUUUUAUUUUCUCUGAAAGAAGGAGCAUAAUGGCCUAAUGCAAACCCUUCAGGUUCUGAGUUUUCUUUUCUUUUUUUAAUUUUUUAAUUAAAUUUUAUUUAACAUAAUUAUUACAAAAUACAAGCAAAAUACAUACAAAUACAUACAUACACAUUUUUUCAGAUAAGCAGGUUUCUGAUAGGCUGCCAUGGAUGUCUAAUCAGAGGGCGAAUGCUUACAAAAUAUGUCAUUUUCACAGCACUGUUAACAUUAUCAAAAGGACAGCUAUGUGUUGAUGUCCUGAGAACUUUUCAUCUGGUCUCUCAGUGCCAAUAAAUCCUCCUUCCUCUGAUCGUCCUUUGCACGGCCCUCACUAUAGUUCUUAGGCAGCCACUGAAAGUAAAGUUAACUUUGUCUCAGAAUUAAAAUCUGAAACGGUGGUACUAUCACUAUCCCAUCCAUGGGCGUAGCCAGGGGGCAGGGGGGCUGCUGCCCCCAUCAAUAAAAAUCAAUAAAAAUACAUAGCAAACUGAGGUUCUUCCCCCCCUCCAACAAAAAUCCUGGCUACACCCACGAUCCCAUCCUAGUAUGUAUCAACUGCCCAUAUGGUGAAUUGUCUAUAAUUUAUCAGUGGGUUUUCUUUAAGCAGAUGUUGUAAAUCUCUCGUCUGCACUUUCCUUUAUUAUAUUUAAACAAGUAUUCCUGGGGAUGAAUGGGAUGCGCAAGCACAUAGGUAGACAUUUGAAUAAUUUUAUAGCACUGCAGUUUGACUGAUCAAUCAGAAAUCUUUUGAACAAUUAGAAAGAUGCCUCUAAACAGGCAGCAGCAUUUUAUAGUUAUUUAUUUGUAAAGGAAGUACAUAAAAAGAAGAGAAUCUGAAUGAACAACUUGGGGUGGGGGGGACAGAACACUUUGCCAUUUGAUUCUAAGUUAAGACCUGAGAAAAUGCUUUAAAAGUAGCACACCACUGGUAUUAUUUGCCCAGUCAGUUUAAACAAAAGUAUUUAUAAUACUUCAAUAAUUUGUUGGUGGGAGUGUAAUUUACCCGGGUCCAUACUGCACAUGUGGUGGCAUGGCCCAUAUAUUCUCUUUGGGGAAUUUCCCCCCAAACUAUCAAAUCCUGAUCCAAAAUUGAUCUCUUAGUCGUCUCCUGGGGGGGGGUAGAGUAGAGUUAGUCAGGUGUGGAGGAAGGGUGCUUUGCAAAGGGGCUGGCAGGUAGGCAAAGCUGGCAAGCAGAGUGGACCAAAGCUGCAGCCCCUAGUAUAAAUAAAUAAGUAAUAUUCCCAACUUUGACCUGGGGCUGCUUAUAAUAUAUUAUACAGUCGUGAAAACCAAACAGUUGCAAUUCCAAAAAGUGCAAAACCUUCCAACUGGAACAGAACAGAAUUGAUUCAGUAGAAAGGUGUCUUCCACAAAACAAACACCUUAACUGUCAAGGGUAAAGAGCAUAUAUGAAAAAAGAUACAAUAAAUAUGUUGGACGCCCCUCUAGGGGGAGGGAGUUCCUUCCUGCCACAGCCUAGAAGUUCCACAAUUUUAAGCAGGAGGGAGAGCAAUUGUGGUUGCUGUGCACAUUGCAGGAUUGUUGUGCAUGCAUAUGGCUUCUUUCCCUACACAGAGAUUAUUUUAGGAGCAACACAUUGUAUCAGGAAGCAUCGUCUGCCAAAGUAAUGAGUAUCUAUCUAUUUACUACAUUCAUGCGCCACCUUUCCUCCAAGGCACUCAAAUCAGUGUACAUGAAUCUCUUCCUCCUCAUUUUUAUCCUCAGAACAACUUUGUGAGGUAGGUGAGGCUGAGAGGCAGCGACUAGUCCAAGGUCACCCAGCAAGUUCCAUAGAUGAACGCUGGCCUUCCAAGUGCUAGUCCAAUGUUUUCACCACUGCACCACGAAGGAAAGGAAAUAACUCUGUGUGCGAUCAGGAGGCACAGCUCCAGGUACCAGAAUUUUCCACCGUAUUGUUUUCCUCCUAGUCAUAAAAGCAAUACCCCCAUCUGUCAGAAUAUCAAAGCGAGAACAAUACUAAACUAAUGGGCAUGUGCCUUGUAGGGGGCAAGGGGGCAACCACCCCCACUCAGCCAGGGGGCUCCCAGAGUGACCUUGGGCCAGGCACUGCAUCUCAGCCUAACCUACUUUGCAGGGUUGUUGCGGGGGCUAAAGGAGGAGGCAGAGAACCACGUGUGCCACCUGGAGCUCCUUGGAGAAAAGGCUGGGAUACAAAUGCAAUUAAUACAAUAAAAUAAUAGAACAGUCUUUACUUGUUUGAAACGGUCCCCGCUGAGGAGGAUGGAAGCCUAGUCCUUAAACUGUGCCUGCUGAUUCCAAACACACCGGGCAGCCGUAAAGGGAAUAUUUAUCCCUGCUCUCCAAGGGACUUACUCCUAAGUAAGCGUCCACUGCUCUUCAGCCUGAAGCAGCAAGGGGCGGCUUUGAAGGACUGCCCUCCCUUCCUGAUUCCUAGGAAUGACAAGUAGCGCGGGGGGGGGGCAGGUUCAAGUGGGUGGAGGUCGCCCAUACAUCCCUCCUGGCGCGCCCCUGGAUGUGUCUGGAGUAUUCACUUUCAUUUCCACCCCCCUUGCAAGCUUUAGACAAUAGGGGGGACCCCCACCCCAUCAUCUUCCCCCUCCCCUCCUCCCCCUCCUCCCUCUCCUCCUCUCCUUCGCAGCCGAAGGCAGAGCGGACGAGCAGAGAGGGAAACCAGCGCCGGAACCGGGUAGGUCGCGCGUUUGGCCGAGAUCGAGAGCUUCGCGUCCGGGUGGGGGCUCCGAAAUACGGAAAGCCGGGGGGGGGGCAGAAAGAGAGAGGAUCUCCCGCGGUUUCGCCUCCAGGCUGUUCCUCGCUUCCCUCCCCCCCCUCCCCCGCCACUGGAGCGGUUCCUUACGAGAGAGCCUUGGAAAUCCUUCCCUAAGAACGGGGCGAGGGUUCGAGUCGCGUAGCCGGCCUGCUCAUUUAGAAGAGCGGUGGGGGGGAUUGAUCUGGCUUCCACCCCUAAACUAAGUCCUCACCCACCCCAGAGUGUGCACAGCCUCUGGGUCUCUCCCCGCCACCUCCCAGGGGGGACCCCUUCAAUCGACGGGAAGUUUUCUUAAGGCUGGGCAGGGAGCCCUUUAGAUUGCACCUUUCGUUGAAAGGGGAUCCCGUUGAACCGUGCGCGCCUCCUCUCCUAGCGCAGGAUCUCGGGGUGAUCCAAAGCGGCUGACUGGCAAGAGGCUCCAGGCAGAGGAGCGCGCGCCGGCAGAAUUCGCUGUGGGACUCACCGCCACAAGGUCCGGCGACAGCCACGCACAAGCUCGGGUGGCUUUUAGAGGACUGAUUCGUGGAGUAUGAGGCGUCUCGUCGGCUGCUAUUCAGCAUGGCUUAUAGGCUGUCGCCAGGGUCAGAGGCCGCGCUCACUGAGUUGCAGGCGGGGCAGGGGGAGGCAGCAGCAGGAAGAGGCUUUUGCGCUGGGCUCUUGCCCGCGGUGAGCUGCCCAGAGGCGCCUGGUUGGGCUCUGCGACGCUGCGCUAGACGGACCUUUGGGCCUCCUCUUCUGUGCGGCGGUUAUGGAGUUUGGGGCGUCCUAUUUGGCAGGGUGGGCGCGGGGAGGCAGGGGAGAGUUGCAGCACAAUCCUAAGCACGCUUCCUCGGAAGGAAACCCUGCACUUUUCAGUGGGACUUUUUCUCGAGGAAGCGCGCCAAGGAACGCAGCCUUCCCGACCUGUCCAUUUAGCGAAUUAGGCUCGCUUAGGCUUGGUUGGGAUUUCACAUUAAGUUUGCCUUCCAUCCAGGUGAGCAUCAACUUCCAAGCAAGGGGCACCAUCUACCCCAUAGCUUGACGCGUCCCAAGUCCCGUCGGUUUCAAGGGGUCGGGGAGGCGAGCGCUUCAGCCUCUCGUCUGGCAAAGCACGAGGACGUGGGAAAUGGGUUCCGUUCGGGUGGAUCGUGCCCCUGGUUUGGGACGGAAAGGAGUCGGCUGGAGUGGACUCAGCCUGCUGAGCGUCUGCUAAGCGUCGAGGGUGAUUUGUGUGAGAAGCUGCAGGGAAGGAGGACUGAGUACCAUCCGCAUGAGGUCGAGACUACUUGGGGAAUGAAAUCGAGAGGGAGAGAGAGAGAGAGAGAGAGAGAGAAAGAUGGGACUUGCUUUUCACUGCUUAAAGAGUCCUAGCGAAGGGCACUCCUCCUCCUCACUUCCCAGACGCUUCUUGCCAGAGCAAAAACCGCGCUGUCUUGGGGUGGGGGGUCUAUAUACAUACGAUAUAUCAUAUAUGUGACAAAGAUCGGUAUGUGACCGUCAGAGGAGCAACUGUGCAUUGGCAGAAGUCUCUUUCAGUGAGUUUCUGUUUGCAACCGGGACAAAUAUUAUUCCAGGGGCACGAAUCGCAGACUUCUAUUUAUAUCGCUGGAUGCAUUAAUUUGUCCUAAAGUCAUUCUCGCAAAUAACGCAAGCAUUUCGAUAUAUAGUAUACCGUUUGUUUGUGUGUGUGUGUGUGUGUGUGUGUGUGUGUGUGUGUGUGUGUGUUGUUGCGUGACUUGCUUGCGUGUCGCUACUGUUCUGACGGACCGGCUACUAAGCUGCCCGUGUCUUUAGGUAAGGAAGGUGAGACUUGGCGCUACGACCCUUCAGUCAUCAUCCAAAGAGUUCUGCUGGCGCAAGGGUGUGAGAGAGAAAUCGGAUAUAUUAUAAACGAUGAAAAAUACCGUAUAGCAGCGCGCGCACGUGUGUUUGCAUACCUGUGCCCGAUUUUCUAUGGCAGGGCGCUUCUCCACGUUCCUUCGCUUCCUGGGUUGGUCGGUCCCUGGAUGCGCAUCGGGACAAACAGGGAAGUUGCAGCGCGCCAGGCUCCUUGUCGGACGGGCUCCUGCGAUGUCGGUUAUAGUUCUUUUAACUUAGAUUUGAGGCGCAUGUUGAGGACCAGUUGCGCAUCCUCGUGUACUUAGUUCAGUUUAUAUCGCGCAGACAAACCCUGAACUCCUCGAGGUUGAGGACGCUGCGUGCGCUUCGACUUAGGACUUCGUCGCUGCGUCGCCAAAUAGGACCCUAGUAAAGUUAUGUAUCAUGCAAAAUACAUACUGCUAUGCCUUUAUGACGCACCUUCUAGAGUGCUGGUAAAAACAAAAUCAGGGCACGAUCCAGCCAAAUUUAUGCCUGCUCCUAAGCAUACUUGCCUCGGAGUAAGUCCCAGGGAACUCGGCGGUGCUUUUUUCGGCUUAUGCACAGCUAGCUGCACGACCCGGAGGCAUUUUAAAAAUCUAAAAAAUCUCCUUGAAAUAACUGAGAAUGGCCUGGCUAUUAUGAUUUCAUAUUUGAAGAAGCAUAGGCGGGUUCACAUAUAUCACCUAUUGUUCACACAGCGUCCGCGUCAACGGGCUUUCAUAGCGUCCCAACGUGCAAAAAGAAGGAUUCUCCUGCAGCGAGAAGCCUACGCUCCGCGCGCGUAAAAAUUGGGUAGCUUCAAUAUGUGGAUAAAAGUUUGCCACGAUUUCCUAGUAUUCUAUAGGGAAUGUUAUGUCUCAAGCCCCAUCGAUAUUGUCUCUGGAAGAUACAGUGAUCGAAAAGGAAUUUAUUUUCAAGAGACAUCACAAUUCUAAACACAUUGUUUUACUUGUAAGUAAACUCUAGUCAAGUGUGAUUUUUUAAAAGCCACCCACUCUUUCCGGCCUCCACCCCUCCCUUGAUAAACUUGUAGGCAGAUUCCAGAACAAUACAUUGUGCGAGUCUGCUCUGGGGAGAACAAUUCUGAAGACCUGCGCAGCGAUCUGAUACGUACUUACCUGCGAGUAAACCCCGAACCCAAUGGGAUUUACAUCUGGUAAAACAUGCAAAUGCUUAUCCUGUUAACCGUUUUGUUGUGUGAUCUGAGUUCUGGAAGUCUUAAAGUCAUCAGGCGGCUAUUGAGAUAAAUGGAAUUUACUUGCAACUAAAUGUAAAUGAUCGGCUCGUUAGACUUAUUAAAACUUAAUAACCUCGGUGUUAGACGCAAUUGAAAUCCAUCAGCCUUGUGCGAAAUAUAUUUAGCAUCCGGAUGUGUAGCAGCUUAAAGCAGUGCCGCCACUGAUGCACAGCUGUCAACUUUUCCCCUUUUUUAAGGGAAAUUCCCUUAUUCCGAAUAGGAUUCCUCGCAAAAAAAAGGGAAAAGUUGACAGCUAUGCAUUGAUGCCUUUUGACUCCGCUGGGUGUAAAAAUAUACAAUGGUUUUAGAGUGCAUUGGUCAAUUAAUUUUGGCAAGCCCCUAGGAAAGUCGACAGGUCAAGGUUUUGAAUGUGAUCUUUGAAUGAAAAGCGGUAUAUAAAUUUAAUAAGCUGUUAUUAUUGUUUUUCUUAUUAUUAAUUUAUUUGCUUGUUCCUGUAUUUUGCAUGAAGUUUUAAUUUAUUGUAAUUAUCUUUUGCUUGCUGUUGUGUUCUAUAUAAAUGUUUGUAAAGUGAAAUUUAGUUAUUUGUAUCUUACAAGAAACUCAAGGUUCUCCUCCUCCAUUUUAUCCUCACGCGAUCACAUCAAUCCUGUGAGAUAGUUUAGGCGGAGAGAUUGAGACUGUCCCAAAGUCACCCGGUGAGCUCCAUGGCGCAGUGGAGAUUUGAACCCAGAUCACACACCUCCGCACCCGCUUCAAUGCACCACGCUAACCACUGCACUAAGCUAUUUUAUUUUUGCUUCCUCCCCCUCUGGAGCCUUUGCUGAAAGGCGAUUUUAUAAAUGUGAAAAAUAUGUAUAUAUACAAGGGGGGGGGGAUCAGUAUUUUCCUUUAGGUUCAUUGUGGGCACGGACAGUUUGAAAACAACAACGUGCUUUAUGUAGCGUAGACAGACCCACAAAUGUAUUAGUCUUUUAAGGUGCCACUUUAAGCAUUAUAUUUUUCACAGCAUGUCUUAAGUUAAGGUUGUCGAAUCCGAACUGUUACUUUAAAAAAAUAAACGAGAACCGUCAGCCCUUUCGAGGAAAUACAUAAAAAUAUUGAAAUGCCGCAUCUCAAAAUAAUAACCUACAAAGUGUAACCCGCGUCGAAGCACAGAAGUAACUUUUAAAACCCCCAAAAAACAUCGGAUUCAAAAAGUUGGUGCUUAACACAACGUAUAAAGCGGGCUGGAUAACUAAUACAAAAUGAAAAGGAACCUAGAGGCAAUUUCCCCCUAUUCAUGACAGAAAAUGCCCAUCUAAUUGAAAUGUACGGCGCAACCUGUCUAGUGUCAACGUCUACUCAGAAGUAAGACCCACUGAGUUCAGGAGAAGUUACUUUUAAAGUAAGCGUGUAUAUAUAAAUAUGACCUCAGCCUCAGAAAAACUGGAGAGGAGACGAGAGAGGAAACAGAGGAAAGCUUCUCGUUUUCCUAAAGACUCACAAACGCAACAAUUAAUGUUCAAGAUCUCGCAUCGCUUCCCUUUGGCCGAAGCGCCUGUUAGCGCAAAAGCCUUGGAACAGAAUCCAUUCUCUUCUCCAGCCGUCCUUUUGGGGGGCGAAUAGAGCACAGAGUUGUUCCAAUUAUUGUUGGUUGGGUUUGCUGGGGAGGGUGGAAUUUCCCAAGCCCCUUUCCAAAUAAUAUACACUUUAAAAACAGGCGGACCAAAGAGAGAGGGGGAGAUUAAAUUGCGCCCCAAAGUCGAGCAUUGAUGAGACCCGGGUAGCAGCGCCUCGGCCGCCGCCAGUCUCGGAAUUCGACUCCUCGCCGCCUCGGAGGAGAGACGCUCGUGGAAACGCGGCUCUUCUGCUUGGUCCGGGCAGGCGCCGGGCCAUCGCGGCGAGUCGGCGGAAUGCAAGAGCCUUCCUUGGCCGCCCCACUCCCCCCCCCCGCCCGCCUCCCCUUCUAGCUUCCUCCCUCUCGAAAUGAAAAAAAGGAGUCAGGAUCCGGACAGGUGGGCGGGGGCAGGCCGGGGUCCCACAGGUCGAAGCGGCAGGCGAGCGGCCCUAGAUCACAGUUUCUUUCAUCACGACCAAGGUACCUGCUUCGGACACCCGCCCCCACCAGCCCCGUUCUCUGUGUCCCAAUCCGUUUUCCAACUCCUCCUCUGCCUGUUCCUGAGACACCUUGGUCCCCACAGCUCUUGCUUCUUCCUGUCCAAAGCAGAGGAGGAGCAAAGUAGGAUACCCUACCAGGUACUGAAUGACAGGUAGAAGUAGCUGGUCACCAGAAUCUGAUGAUAUAAGUUUAUUUACUGAGAAGUAAACCUGCAGAGGAUUAUAGUCUAAGGGCACAAUCCUAACCAAGCCUAUUUGAUAGAAAAAGGCGGGAAAGGGUUUUGUUUUGUUUUAACUUGGACUGCAAAUGGAGAGAGACCUUUUGUUCUUGUCUCCAUGCAGUAGACUUAAAGUCGGGAUGGAGAAACAGUGGCUGGCCAGAUGUUUCUGGACUCCAGCCCCCAUCAUCGCUGACCUUUGGUCCUGCUGGUGCAACAGCGUCUAAAGGGUCACAGGCUCCUGACCCCUCAGCUAUAGGCUCCCAUGUUGGCUGCUGCAAUUAAGGCAUUCCCUACUUCUAGCAUCUCUCUAAAUUGGGGUGUUAAGAGCUACUAGCUGCACUCCUGAACUUUUCUCCCAUUGCCCUGCCAAUGAUAUCUAUGCACACUGCUUAAUUGCGGAAGUGAUUUCUAGGGACUAGGCAGCGAGCAGGAAUGCCAAUGGCAAAAUCUGGAGCCCGUCACCCUGCCAUGUUUCCCAUGCCCUGCUCUUAGUCUUAGAGCAGGAAUUUGCAGCUUGAGUGCUGGGAUUAACUACUCCUGAGAGUAAUGAGAAUUAAGAACAUCAGUGAGGAAUAAGCUAAUCAAAUUAGGAGAAACUCCUGUAAGCAGCUCCACUCACAGAGAAGGCCGCCCCACGGUAUCUCUGUGUGAUUUACUGUUCAGGCCAGUCUCCUUCCAGUUAGGUUCUGUGGUCCUUUCCCUGCAUCAGGUGUCACACAGGAACUUCCAAUCAUUCCCAGCACAGAGACCCAGGGGAUGUCCCUCAUUUCUCAGAAGCUAGAGAACCUGAUCUAGGGAAAGGAAACCCCCCCACCCCCCUUUGGAAGGUUUGCCCUAUGACCAGAUCAGAUGGUUGUGCUCUUAUUUCCCCAGUCAUCCAUCCACAUAGUCACAGCCUGGCACUCACAACAUAGUGCAUCUCCUGCUUCUAAUGGAGACACCAGCAAUCCUCACCUACAACUCCAGCCUGACUGGGCAACCUCUCCUAUAGCCUGAUGGCUCACCUUGGCUUACUUUCAUUUGUCAUAGAUGGAAGCAGUUUUGUCUUAGAGGCUUUGGUGUGGCCAUGGGUGUCCAGACCUUAACCCUCAGAUAGAAUCCACUUUGAAUGCCUUAAAACACUGGGCAUGUGCAGAGUGUCACCUUCCCCUUACUGCUGAUGGCUGACUAAAUUCAGCUCCUUCACACGUGGGGUUAGGGGACUGAUUUUCAGGCAGGCUGAAAUCCCAGCAGCAUUCCACUUUUAGAAUAGCUUCAUAUUGUUAUGUGCCACCCCAAUUAGCAUUUAUUAAUUUCUAGGGUUUAGCGCGCCCCCCCCCACACACCUAUAACAAUAUUUUCAUUUUGGCAGCCCUUAUUCCUGUGCCAUUCGCUGUGGCUGACAUUUUGAAGAGGCUGUAAUGUUAGGAAGGGAAGAACCAGAGCAUGGAUAAAGAAGAUAUUGUGUAACGCUAAAUUCAUUUGUUAGGUCUGUUUUACUUCCUUGGUUUUACCUCAGAAAGCCUGAUAUCCAGAUUGUCAUUUGCUUUUGCAUCCCACUCUCAGUAAUUCCCAAGGCUGUAAAGUAGGCUAUUAUAAUAAUUAGGGUUCCCAACUUUUCAACUAGCUCCUGUAGCUAUGUUUUUAAUAGCAGCUCAGUCUGUGGAAAUGAGCAGGUAAUAUGUUUCCUUUUGCUCUGAAAAUCAUCUCCAGCUAGUUCCUGCUGAUCAAGCUGCUGUUGGCACACCUAAAAAGGUUGUCUGAAAAGUUGACAAAUAAUCUAAUUAUAACCUCAUAUUACCAUUUAUUGCACCAGACACACACCUUAGGCUAGGAGAAAGUAGCUUGCUUGGUAAAGGUAAAGGUAAAGGUAAAGGUAAAGGUAAAGGUAAAGGUAAAGGUAAAGGUAAAGGGACUAUUAGGUCCAGUCAUGGCCAACUCUGGAGUUGCGGCGCUCAUCUCGCUUUAUUGGCCGAGGGAGCUGGCGUACAGCUUCUGGAUCAUGUGGCCAGCAUGACUGAGCUGCUUCUGGCGAACCAGAGCAGCGCACGGAAACGCCGUUUACCUUCCUAACAGAGGGGUACCUAUUUAUCUACUUGCACUUUGACAUGCUUUCGAACUGCUAGGUUGGCAGGGGUGCGGACUGAGCAAUGGGAGCUCACCCCAUCUCGGGGAUUCGAACCGCCGACCUUCUGAUCGGCAAGUCCUAGGCUCUGUGGUUUAACCCACAGCGCCACCCGUGUCCCUAGCUUGCUUAAGGCCAUCUAUUAAAGAAGGAAAUGCCUCUGAGUUUGUGCAGAAUGCCUUUCUCUCCCUAAUGAAGAAUCACAGUUAGCAUUCACACAUCUGGCAUGAGCAGGAACCAUUUCUAGGUAUGAACCCACAACACGUAUCUGUUUUAAGAAGCUAAAGCCAGAUCUCGGGUCCCAGAAGUCAUGUAACUAGUCUUUCUGGCAAAUGUUUGUGGAGAUGCAGUGGGUAACUUCAUGUGCUGAAGAACUAGAACAGUCUGGCAAGUGCAUUGCUCAAAUCUCCCCUUGGCCAUAAACUCACAAACUUACAUAUUUAUGUGCAAAGCUACUCAGAGGUAAGGCCCACUUUAUUCUGUGGGACUUCCUCCCAAGUGGGUGGGUAUACUCAAUCUCCUUGAGUGGCCAUUCACUAUCUCUCAGCCACAAUCAAAAAUAUGGGGGUAAGAAUUCACAGGAAAGUUACAAGGACUAUUGACGUAUUUUUAUUUGUUUGUAUAUUUCUGACCUUUCUAUAUUCCCCAUCAACUAAGUCCUCUGGGUGGUUUACAAAAUAUUAAAAAUAAGUUUUAAAAAUACAGACUAAAAAUAAAAAAUAAACCAGUAUCUCUAUAUUGCCAGCAUAAAACUACCGCAAGCAGAAUAUAAACCAAUACAGUGGUACCUCAGGUUACAUACGCUUCAGGUUACAUACGCUUCAGGUUACAGACUCCACUAACCCAGAAAUAGUACCUCGGGUUAAGAACUUUACUUCAGGAUGAGAACAGAAAUCGUGCAGCGGCGGCAGCAGGAGGCCCCAUUAGCUAAAGUGGUGCUUCAGGUUAAGAACAGUUUCAGUUUAGAACGGAUCUCCAGAACGAAUUAAGUUCUUAACCUGAAGUACCACUGUAUAAAACUAGUCUAAAAACCAGCAAGGGAAAAAAUACUAACUGGCAUAUUAAAAGGCAUGAAUGGGGGGCGGGGGAGGACCAUAACGGAGGCACCAGGUGAGCCUUUCUGGGGAAGGCAUUCUAUAACUGGGGCACCGCUAUGCAGUGGUACAUCUGGAGCUGGACCUCUGGGCUGAAAUCCAGAGCCCACAGUCCAGAGGGUGGCAAAUGGCAGGGGGGGCAGCAGCAAACAGGCACGAAACCAGCAUCCAAGCUGUCAUGAGCAUACCAUGGCCCAGUGAGGCUGAUUUUGGGGGCCAUAGCAUCUUUUUUUCUUUUCUUUUUUGUAAGCCAGAGAUGGGGGGGGGGGCUGGCCAGGUAUGUACAUGGUUACAUAUAUUUUUUAGUUUUCCCCCAUUAAGGAUAUCAUUUUCUAUAAUAAAAUGAGGUAUAAAGGUAAAGGUAAAGGUACCCCUGACCAUUAGGUUCAGUUGCAGACGACUCUGGGGUUGCUGCGCUCAUCUCGCUUUACUGGCCGAGGGAGCCGACAUACAGCUUCUGGGUCAUGUGGCUAGCAUGACUAAGCCGCUUCUGGCGAACCAGAGCAGCACACAGAAACGCCAUUUACCUUCCCGCCGGAGAAGUACCUAUUUAUCUACUUGCACUUGACGUGCUUUGAAACUCCUAGGUGGGCAGGAGCUGGGACCAAACAACAGGAGCUCACCCCGUCGUGGGGAUUUGAACCGCCGACCUUCUGAUCAGCAAGCCCUAGGCUCUGUGGUUUAGACCACAGCGCCACCCGUGUCCCUAAAAUGAAGUAUAUUCCCAAGUAAAUAUGCACAACUCUAAUUUAUUCCUUUAGUCUAAAAGAUGGUGCUGUUAAGUGAGUUUAAAAUGGGAAACUGCAUAAGUUCAGAGAGAAUUCAUUUUUCAUCAGGGUUGGCAAACCAUUGGGGGGGGGGACUAAUCAUACCAGGAAUAUAGGAGCAGUUACAAAGCAUGGGGUAACUGGGGUAAGGGGAAAAAAUAAAUGUUAAUUAUGUACUGAAAUAAUACAAAGGAGGACCCCAGAAGUCCACGAAGCCUAGCAUCUAAAACCAUCAAUUUGUGCAUCAGUGCCACCACCCCAAAGGCCCUGUCCCCAUGCCCACACACCACCAGGCAGGGGAACCUCAAGGAGGGCCUCUGGUGAAAGUCUUGAGUAUGUAUAUGCAAGAGAUAAUCCUUCAGGUAACUUGCUUAGGGCUUCGUUUAAACAUUGGAGGGCUCAGGGGGUUGGACUCGAUGGCCCUUGUGGUCUCUUCCAACUCUAUGAUUCUAUGAUUCAGAAAAGAACUGGAAGACAAUGUAGAUGAUGAAGCCCGGGUGUGAUCAUAUCUACCAACAGAUGGAGUGGGGGGGGCAUAGCUGGUCUACUCUUGUGCUUUUAAGGUGCAGAAGUCAGCAGGUGAUGCUUUUCAGAGCACAGUGAUUAAUACUACCUACGGUUAAUAUUGAUGGCUGAUAGCACAGAAGCAGCAGCCGCUGAAACAGUUGGCAACCCUAUAGUGAGAUGGCGUACAUGGGGAGCUGUAAACACUCUUGUGUGCCAUCAGAGGCACAGACGUCCCACUGCCAGAAAAAAUUAAAAAUAGCAGCCCCACUCCCAAAGCCAGAACAGUAUCCAAGAAAAUACACUGAGAGUACCUAGCCCUUUUUGGAGUUACUUUGUUGGCAAGCACUUGAGAAGGCAGAAGUUGGAUCUAUGCAGAGCAAGAAUUCCCAGUUCUCCUUCAUCCUGCUUGAGUCCAGCUGCUGCCUGCCAGCCUCCCUUGCCCUUAUCUCUCUCUCUCUCUCUUUUAUGACUAACUAAGUCUCUCCUCCUCCAUGGCAGGUCCAUCCUAUGCUUGCCAGACCUGGAGGAUGAAGACGGAAGAGGCUCCAUCUUGUCUCCAGCAGGCCACGCCCGUCCUGGGCUAUGGUGAGUUUCUGAUCUAGGGAAGCGUGUGCAGCUCCACAGGUGGGGGGCAAAUGCCCCACAAUCCAGUGGUCUUGGCUGAAUGUCUGCAGUGAUACUCAGGCUCCAAGUAAGUGCUAGACGGGCCCCAGUAUAACAUCAGCUUCAGAAAAUCUUUCUUGGUUCUCUAGACUCUGGUUAAGGGAACAACAACAACCCAGACUAGGAUGCCCUUUGCUAAUCCAGAAGCAAACCUGCUACUUAAUGUGAAUUAAAGCUCACUGAUGCAAAAUGCAGAAAGGUUAUUUUUGAAAAGCAACGUCAGGACAGUGAACUUGAGUGUAUGUAGCAUUCUCCUUAGAUGUACAGUAUACAAUGCCUAUAACAAAUUCAAAAAAAGGAAUGUCAAGAAAUGAAAUGUGUAACCUUAAUGACGCUUUUAGACCCAUAAGGACAAUAAAAUACCAGUGGUGAAUGUAAUUAUGUUUAUAAUGGAUAACAACACAGGCUGUUUAUCACUGACAUCCUGCUCAUUAACGUCUAAGUUUACACAAGCCAGGAUUUUUUAAAGGCAAUAGAUGGGUUUUCUUAUUUCAAAUGGCGUAGUCCUACACAGUUUCCUAAGUUCCUGCUGGCACAACCAACACGUGUCAAUGUUUUUCUCAAUAAUCAUGAUGGCUAAAAGUAUUCUGAGGAUGGGGAAACAUCAGCAUUCUGAAAACCAUAGCAUGACUUUUGGAGCACUUCUAAUUCCUUUGGAAAACAAAAGUGGUGCAUUGACAUUGAUUUGUUGUUGUUUAGUUGUUCAGUCGUGUCCGCCUCUUCGUGACCCCCUGGACCAGAGCACGCCAGGCACUCCUGUCUUCCACUGCCUCCCGCAGUUUGGUCAAACUCAUGCUGGUAGCUUCGAGAACACUGUCCCACCAUCUCGUCCUCCGUCGUCCCCUUCUCCUUGUGCCCUCCAUCUUUCCCAGCAUCAGGGUCUUUCCCAGGGAGUCUUCUCUUCUCAUGAGGUGGCCAAAGUAUUGGAGCCUCAGCUUCAGGAUCUGUCCUUCCAGUGAGCACUCAGGGCUGAUUUCCUUCAUAAUGGAUAGGUUUGAUCUUCUUGCAGUCCAUGGGACUCUCAAGAGUCUCUUCCAGCACCAUAAUUCAAAAGCAUCAAUUAUUCGGCCAUCAGCCUUCUUUAUGGUCCAGCUUUCACUUCCAUACAUCACUAAUGGGAAAACCAUAGCUUUAACUAUACGGACCUUUGUCGGCAAGGUGAUGUCUCUGCUUUUUAAGAUGCUGUCUAGGUUUGUCAUUGCUUUUCUCUCAAGAAGCAGGCUAUCGCCAUCUGCAGUGAUCAUGGAACCCAAAAAAGUAAAAUAUCUCACUGCCUCCAUUUCUUCCCCUUCUAUUUGCCAGGAGGUGAUGGGACCAGUGGCCAUGAUCUUAGUUUUUUUUAUGUUGAGCUGCAGAGCAUAUUUUGCGCUCUCCUCUUUCACCCUCAUUAAGAGGUUCUUUAAUUCCUCCUCAUUUUCUGCCAUCAAGGUUGUGUCAUCUGCAUAUCUGAGGUUGUUGAUAUUUCUUCCUGCAAUCUUAAUGAUGAAUUCUGCAUAAAAGUUACCUAAAUAAGCAGGGAGACAAUAUACAGCCUUGUCGUACUCCUUCCCCAAUUUACAUUGAUAUCAAUUUAGACUGAUAUCUUGUGCUAAAUAAGAAGGAUCUCCUAGCACCUCUCCUGCCAGAUACUGCUUCUGUUCUAUAUUGGAUAACAAGGUCUUUUAUAAUGUUGAGGAGUUGUGGGGAAAAUGCAAUUCAUGCAUCCUUUAUUAUCCCCCAUUCUUAACAGUACAGGAACGCUGACCUUUCCACUCUCAUGUGCAAAAUAUACAGCAGAGGGCAACUACCCCGAUGCAGCCUAUGCAUCUUUACUCUGAAGUGGGGCUUACUCCUGAGUAAGUGUGCACAGGACUCCAGCUCAUAUUGCAAGCUUGGCUUGCCUAUGCAAGCACUGAUGAAGUCUGGGGGAAAAUAUAUCCCUCUCAGUAACUUUCAUACAAACAAACUGAAGCAAAUAAUGCACGGAAGGGAGUACAGAGACCUUUGGAAUGGCGUCUCUGGGACAAUUAUGCCAGAGAGUUUCCACUAAAGCAGCAAACCUUGGCAUUUUGCCGUUAAAUAAACUGGAAUAAUGCUGCAUAAGUGAGGGUUGUUUUCUUGAGCUCAAACCAGCUCCAUUUCUUUAUGACUUUUAAUUUCAGUAUGAUUAUAGGCAUGUGCAGGCGGAAGAUGUGGGUGUAAAGGCAAUGAGAAGAAUGAGAACAAAAGUCCUUGCUCCCAGAUAUUACAUUGGCCCCCUACCUGCCCUGAUUGUGUGUCUGUGUUCAGCAUGCCAAUCCAAGGAAGAGAGAUCUGCUGCAAGUGCUGCCCAAGUGAGCCUGUAAAGGCCCUUUUAGUAUAACUGGUGGUGAUACUUGGGUUGUGCUGGAAUCCCAAGCUCUUGAUUCACUGCAACUUGAAUUGUUUUAUGAAAUUGAUGUGUGUGGAGAAAUCAGAAGUCUAGAAAUGGAGACGGGGACUGAUAUAAUGCAAAGGAAAACAGUGCUCCCCACACUUUUAAGAGUUGCAUAGAAGAGGGAAUUUUGAAAGGUGCUCCCACUCGCCGCAAAAAGAUUAUCAAGAGACUGCAAUCAAACCAGAAAAAAAUUAAGCUGAACAUUGCGAUUCAGGACUUUGUCCUUUUGCUCCAAAAAUUCAUGGGAUUACAACAGUCACCAAUCUUUGGAUAAAUCUAUCAUAUGUUCAGACCAACUUAUUUGUCAUAUUUUAUGUAUUCUGGUGCUAUGUUAACCCUUAAAUAUCUUUCAAAAUUUCAGCAAAUCACACUAUACUGAGUGUGCCCUUCUUAGAAAACACGCAUGUCUCAGUGUUUAAGCAGACCAAAAUUGCAAUCCUACAAUCACUUACCUGAGAGUAAGUCCCAUUCAGCUCAAUGGAGCUAAUGUCUGAGUAGACAUGUGUAGAAUUACAUUGUUAAGUUUGCUUUUCUAGAUAAAAUAACCAUGAAGUUUUCAUCUGAAUUUGAAAUCCCCUCUUUUUAACCUGGUAAGGGUUUUUCCAAGGCUUAAUUUUUAUUUUUUUAAAAAGAUACAUUUAAAUUAUAGCCUGGAAAAGAGGAGACUGAGAGUAGAUGUGAUAGCCAUCUUCAAAUAUCUUAAGGGGUGUGACAUGGGAGACAGAAUAUGCUUGUUUUCUCCUGCUCUGGAGGGUAGGACUUGAACUAAUGGCUUCAAGCUACAAGAAAGGAGAUUAAACAUUUGGAAAAACUUCCUGGCAGAAGGAGCUGUUUGACCGAGGAAUGGUCUCCCCUGGGAGGUUGUGGUCUCUCCUUCCUUGGAGGUUUUUAAGCAGAGGUUGGAUGGCUACCUGCCAUGAAUGCUUUGAGAUUCCUGCAUUGCAGGGGGUUGGACCAGAUGACCCCCAGGGUCCCUUCCAACUCUGCAAUUCUAUGAUUCUAUGAAGGGAGGGAGCAGAUCCUAUGCUGUUGGUGUGUUCUGGUCCCUCCUCACUUCCUCCAUAAACUACAUCUUAUCUCCACCCUAAUAACCAUCCAGCUGGAUUAUUGCAACCUUCUGCCCCUUGAAGACAGUCAGGAUGCUGCAGCUAGUAUCAAACGUGGCUCUGUGGGCCAUGUGACACCAACCCUUAGGGAGUUGCCCUGGCUGUCUAUAUGCUAUGGUUUUGAUUUUGGUCUACAAAGCCUUAUACAGCACAGGACCCAAACACUUGAAAGAGCAUCUUUCCCAGUACAUCCCGCCUUGGGCCUUGAAAAUGAGCCAGGGAGGCUCUGCUAGUAGCGCUGGCAGCAGCAUUGCCCAGCUGCUGAUGACAAGGGGCACAGACCUUCCCCACUGUGGUAUCCAAUUGUGGAACAAGAGACUAGGAAUGUAAGGAGGCAGCCAUUUCCAUCCCGUCCUAUGUUCACCACAAUCAGCACUGCUUCUGUUCCACUGCAGUUCAGAUUCCACUGAAAUCUGUUAUAUGUCUUGCUAUCCACUAUGGCCAAAACUAUCAUCAUUAAUUACUCAAUCAGUUUCAAUACAUUUCAGUGGAAAGGAAACAUCAAAGACAUCAACAUCUUGGAGGCUGUUUUCCACUGUCAGUUUAUUUUAUUUUAAUGUUAUUUUUUUGUAAUGCUUUAAAGGUUUUUUUGUAAUUUUACUGUAUCAUUUUAUAUUAUGUCAUAUACUGUGGUCUUCAGAUGAACUGCAAUUUAGAAGGGAAUUAAUGAUAACAGUAACAACUGCAACUGCAGGUUAGGCAGAGUCUCUCUGGGGUUCCAGGCAGGCUUCUCUCCCAGCAGGAGCCACCUGUGUGCAAAGGCUUACUACAGAGCCCUGGCUCCUCUCCAGCACCGAGAUGGCAGCACACAGCAUCAGUCGAGUGCGAACACAUGCACUCACACAUACAAGCAGGGAAGCCCAAAAGGAAAGGAAGUGCGCCAACAAGACCCAGCAACCUCCGCACUGAAGAUGAUGACAUGCACUUGGCAGAAGCUUAGACUCCCUCACUGCCUCAGCCCCAAGCCACGUCCAACACACUGGAGAGGGUGUUUAUGACCCACCUGCACUUACUUCCUUAUCUGUUGCAGUCCAUGCUAGGAAGUCUUUGAACGGCUGCCAUAGAUUGAUGCACAGAUAAUCCUGAUCAACUCAAGCAAGACAUUUAAAAAGUUAUCUCCUAUUUGAAGUGAGGUAUGUCCUGCUUAAGCCAAAGUAUCCGGGGUGGUAGAGAGGGCUGGAUAUUGACUGAAUGGAUGAAGCAGGGUCAAAGAUGCGCAGUAGUGACAAGAGCAUUGUAAAGAAUGGAGUGUGGGGAAUCUGCAAGGAAAUUCUCUGAGCUUCAAGAAGCAGAAGGACAUUUUUAUUUAUAUUCUUGGGAUUGGUUUUUUUAAAAGUUUUCUAAACUAUGAAGGGAUGUAUGUUUUCAGGAUAAGGGGAAACUUCUUAAAAAUGAUAUUUGGGAUUCAAAAAAAUAAUCAGAUUGAUUACUAAUAUAAGUAAAAUUUUAUAAAUAGUGGAAUGAGCUAUGAGGGCAAUUGGUAUUAUACCCAUUUUACAGAAAGAAGAACUGUAGAUGAAAAACUUUCUUCAUGUAGGACUAUGGAAUAUUUCCCAUUGUAGUGACAGCAGUAUAAAACACAUAUUAUAUGGAUAAAAUAUUUUAAAUGCUCUGUUACCUGUUGAGUGCUUUUGGGAUGAGGCAGGUUAAACAAAUUAAUCAUUAACGUUCCAAUAUUGUUUGCUUGCUAAAUUUAUAUUCCUUGCUUCCUCCCAGAGGUGGCAAACAUGUAAAUAACAGAAUACAGUACAAUUAAAAUGUCUAAAAACAGUUUUAAACAAUAUUCUAAAAACAGAUUAAACCUUUUAAAACAACACUUAAAAACUAAACAAAAACUGGGGUUUUUUUGUUUUUUAAAACCACCUACUCUCACAGCUAAUAAUUUAAGAGUUGCCAGGAACAGAUCUUUCAGCCUCCAAUUGCCUGGGUAAAAAUGAAUAUUUCUAGAUUUUUCCUAAGUUAAUGAUGAGGGAGUUGGACCACCGUCCCUAUGAAGGUCACUCCACAGUUGGGUUACCACUAUUGAGAAGUAUUGAAUGUUUGAAACAAUGGAAUGACUUCAAAGUCACAGAAUCCAAGUAUGAACCAAACUGCAACAUAUAAGCUCCAACUAUAGUGGGGGCGGGGGGAGUACGAUUAUACAAGUUGCACCACUUGCGUGCAGAUUGUGGGUUCUUUUCAGCAAUGAGUUCCUGGGACAUGAACCACCCGAGUGUUCUGUUGCAAAAGCAUCCCCAGGCAGGGUAUCCCAGCAGGUCACGCCAUAGACCCGCAACACACCGGGCCUCCUGGUUUCUUUGUAAACUGUUCUCAUUGAUGAGGAGGACCUUUGAGUUUUGCAAUUCAUUGUUGUUGUUGUUCCCUGCCAUCAAGGCUCAGAGUCCAAAAUGCGGGAGGUUUGUGCUGGCUGCAACACCCCGAUCUCCGACCGCUUCCUCCUGAGGGUGAAUGAGCGUUCGUGGCACGAAGGCUGCUUGAAGUGCGCCGCUUGCCUGCAGGCUCUCUCCGGCACUUGCUACUGUCGCAACCGGCAGCUGUAUUGCAAGCAUGACUAUGAAAAGUAAGUGCCUGGCACCUUUUGAUUUCUACCCCUGUGGCUUGGCAGAGCAGGCUGAGGUGGGGAAUGGUCAAGGGAAAGAUGGGCCCAAAUAACUUUGUUACCUGGGCGGUCAUUUCUGUAGUCACCAGUUAGUUAAAUAUCCACCGUCAUAGUGGAACUGGGCAGGCAUUGUCGUCCUAUUGGCUGCCAUGAACAUUGCUGUGAUGUCACAGAAGGUCAGAAUAGUCCAGAGCUGGGCAUCUAAGGGGGACGUGAAAGACCUCAGCGCUGGAAUUCUAGAGCCAAGUAAUAUGUUUCAUUGAAUUGUUGGUGCAAAUCAGUUUAUUUAUUGUGGAGAGCUUUUGUCAGCUAUUUUAUGGUGUGGUUAAAGUUUGUAUCACAUGUAGGCUCAGAGACGUAAUCUUUUCUUAUCCAGUGGCAUGAUCUUAUUGCCAUGUGAUAGGUGAAUUGACUGUGAACAGGUUGCUAAAAUCCAUUAUGAGAUCAGGAUUAAAGAACAACUGUGUAUUCAGCUGCAAAAUAAAUCUAAAUUCUGCAAACAGAAAAUAAGUUAUGCAUGUUGAAUAUAAUUGCUUUUUUAAAAACCUUAUUUUUGGAUAAUUUAUUCUGCUGCCUUGAACAUGGUUUUUAAGGAACAGUUUGGCACACUGGGGAAUAAUGUGCCUGUGGAUGGCAGGAGGGCAAAGAGACACCCCCAGGCUUCACUGCCUGCCCAGGAGAGCCAGAAACACCCCCUUUCAUUAACAAAAAUGAAAAGGAUAAAGUAGCAUGAUUCCAUGUCAGACACACAGAGUCUGUGUUUGCACAGCAAACCCUUGGAUUCAUUACAUAUAUACAGGGUUGAUGAUAGCUAGCUAAGCGGUAGCACUGCAUAGGUAGGGUGAAUUAUUAUUGCCAGGACGCAAUGCUGGAACAUGAGUCAGCACCAGAGUGAUGCUACUGCAACUCGGAGAAAGGCAGCAGCUGCGGUGCAACAGCUUAAGGUGCCCAGACUCCGGGUGGAGCAAUCAGCAAUAUUCAUAGCAGGAAUUCUGGGGUUGUUUGUUUUUCCUUUAUGGGAGGGAAGGAAGGCGG